AUGCACCGAAAUACUGCCAUCGAUGUGAUUAUUGCCGAACACGCACUGCGUGAACAAGUUCAGCGCGAGGAAGCGAGGAAUAUUAGGGCCGCGGCCUGUGAGAAGUUGAUGGCUGCUGGAGACCAGAAAACUCGGCCCGAAAAUGUGAAAUCAACCCUCGAGCAGGCCCUGUACCGAGAAGUCUCUAUGCUUGAAGCGCCCGACAAACUUGUGUAUGAUGCCUUGAGGCGUGACCCCAAGUGGUUUAUGAGGAAACCAUUGGUCGAAGAUUGUAUUGACUCAGGUGGAUGUUGUAGCCGGCAAUGUGGAUGUUGCGCAAAGAGAUGUUCUGUGGGGGCCCAUAAGGUUCAAGGGCAUUGCACCUCGGAGUGCUGGUGCUGUGCCGAAUUUCGCGGUUACGAACUCUCGGGCCAACAGAAAAAGGAGAUCAGGCAGAACAUGGAAGCCCGGCUUCGCUAUGGUGGGAAUCGCGAAAUUUCGCCCUAUCUUCUGAGAAUAGCUAGCGGGUCUUUCGAGCCUUCAAAACCUCCAAACUCCAAGAAAAACCGGUGGUUCCGAACCGAGCGGAAGAUGGGCUUGAGCACGGAGUAA